GGCAUCGUUGGGGACUCCCAGAUGCCGGAAUCAGGUGUCUGCCUUCAUCGCAACGUCGGGGUUGGUCUGGAAUCGAGGCUUUCGGAGUUGGAUCGUUGUGCUUUCGGAGCUUGCAAUCGACUCGCAAAUGGGUGUGAAGAGGUUUUUUUAGCCGAGGUUGUGUUCCGCCUUCCAGAUGCUGUACAUUACUAGCUUCUCUUGAGCCUAUGUGCCCGUUUCCAAUCUUCGCGCUUUCUCACCCGGAUGGUUAUUUUUUUUCAAGGGAAUUAGGUGUAAUCUUCAAUUUGAGUGAGAAUUCACAAGCAUCGCAAUUAUGGGUUAUCACAUUUCUCAAGUGCUGUGAGUGUGGGGUUUUGGGUUUUUGGUUUAGUACCAAUCCCUUAGUUUUGGAGCACUGAGCGGAGAUGGUUUCCGAGGCGGUGGUCGAUGUGGCCUCUGUGGCACAGGUGGACCUUGAUACCCUUCGCACCAAUCUCACAAAAUCCGUGGCCGGAUUCACUCUCUCCAUGAACGUCGAUUAUCCAUCUGAAUCUCUGGCUAACAUUGUGAAGACAGCAUUAGCUGUUGACCCUGAGUUGCAACCAGACAAGGUUCAAAGGGAAAUGUCAGUUCAAGGGGCUCGGCUCUCUGUCACAUUUACCGCUUUAGAAGCACGAUUCCUGAGGGCAUCGUUCAGUGCGUUCAUGGACUUGCUUGUACUGGCCACAAAGACUAUUGAGCAGUUUGGGCCGUCAUCUUCUUUUGGACAAUAUUGUCACUUGUAAAACAAACUAUAAAUUUGCAAGUUUCAAGUUUGUGUGUUUCAUCCAUAUGAAUCAAACCACGUUGCUUAUGAAA